CUCAUGUUCCGUAAAGGGGUAAAGAGAGAAAAGAGACGUUUUUCGCGUCAUAUAUUUCCCCCUCGGGGUUAGGCGGAGAGUCGACGAGAAAACGCGUCUAACGCCAAUUCGAAUUCGAAUUCGGUCUGUUAAGCGGAGCGUGCAUUUCGCCUAUGUCGUCUAGUUGGCAGUUUAAUAGCCGAAAUAAUAACUGUAUAAAUCCACUCAAAACAUCUUCGCUUCUGCCAAACGUUUAGCCGGCAACGAUUCAUCUGAUCAAUCAUCAAGAUCUACACCAUCCCCAACAACUCCCCCACCAUCCUCAUCCAUCUCAUCGACACCCGUCGUCAUUCCACCUCCGAGCAACGUCUACAUGCAUUCCACGGACGGAGGUCUUCUACAGUCUCAUAGAAAACCGGAAGCACUCUGCCUGGUAUGCGGGGACAGAGCUUCAGGAAAGCACUACGGGGUCCAAUCGUGCGAUGGUUGUCGCGGCUUCUUCAAAAGGUCGAUCAGGAGAGAGAUGGACGUCAAGUAUGUUUGCAAAGAGAAUGGUCAGUGUAUCGUAGACGUAGCCAGGCGGAAUCAAUGUCAAGCGUGCAGAUUUAGAAAGUGUAACGAAGUCGGUAUGAAGAAAGAAGCUGUUCAGCACGAACGCGCUCCAAGAUGCUAUCAAUACAAGAGGGAAAGUCCGGAUUAUUCCGGAGAGAAGAGGAUGGAAUAUCCGGGAGUGUCUCCCUACAAUGCAGCUUCCUUCCUCGACCGUGCCAGAUUAGAGCACUAUACGCACUUCCAACAAUAUAGCCCACCAGUAGGCCUGACGCCAGAUAUAGGCUAUCACCAUCCAGCAAUUUUUGGCCCCCUACCGCUAUUGCGGCCUACUUCUACAUCCAUUCAACCACCCGCUUCGCCAACGGUCGAAAUCAAGGUGGAGGGGAAGGAAUCUCCCGAUGAGUCUAAAAAGCAAAACGAAUCAAGAGAACCAAAGGAAUCGGCGAAAAAAGACGAUAAAUCCCCCUCUAGUACUCAACAACCCUCGUCGACGUUUCCCUCAGUAGACGCCUUCCAUUAUUCGAACAUUACAACAGAAAAUCUGUUUGAAACGGCCGCAAGGUUGCUAUUCAUGUCCGUGAAAUGGGCUAGAAACAUUCCGUCAUUCCUUCAACUUCCGUUUAGAGACCAGGCAAUUCUACUGGAAGAGAGCUGGAGCGAUUUAUUCAUUUUAAGCGCAGCUCAAUGGUCUCUUCCUAUAGAUAUAGGCACUUUAGCAGCUUCCGCUUCAACAGCAGCAGAUACUAGUGGAACUGAAAGAGCGUCUCUGAUCGUGGGUCAACUACGAAGCUUGCAGGAUGUACUUUCCCGAUUUUCAUCAUUAAGAGUCGAUGCAACCGAGUACGCAUGCUUAAAGGCUAUCGUCCUCUUCAAAAAUGUGAGAGGAUUACGCGACGCUGCUCAAGUAGAAACGCUGCAGGAUCAGGCACAAUUAAUGCUAAGCGAAUACGCCUGUUCGCAAUACCCAAAUUCGAAAGUACGAUUCGGAAAGAUUCUCCUCUUAUUACCAGCACUUAGAGCAGUUGGAUCCAGGACAAUUGAAGAGGUUUUCUUUAGAAAGACGAUCGGUAGCAUACCGAUUGAGAGGCUGUUGUGCGACAUGUUUAAAUCUAGUUGAAGAGUUUAUGCGUAUUUGUGUGUGUAUGUGUGCGUAUGAGAGAGAAAGAAAGAAAGAAAGAAAGAAAACAAGAAAGAGGACGGAUAUGAAUUGGAGCGUGAGGUAGAGACUUCAUUAAAUUUUGUUGCAUAUUCUAUUUAUUAUUGCCGUUUCUAUUAUCUUAAUCAUUAACUGUGUACAAAUAUGAACAUAUUGUGUAGGGCGAUAGACUAGGGGAAGUUUUACACUGUAUGACCAUUUGAAAGCGUACAGUUACUGUUUCAGAGUAAAUAUGAACACAUAAAAAAGAAAGAAUAAACACUCUUUCGCGGGUUUUUUUUUU